AUGGACAUGAUGUCGAGACUUGACGCCGACAUGGUAGAAGCAGAGGCCGAGGUGGAGGACGAACUUCUGGUGUCCACCUGGCCCCAGAGCCGCCGCUUCCUUGAAGGCCACCUUUUGCAGACCGCCGAUAUGCAGACCGAGGACAUGAGAGAUGGCGACGGCGGAUCGCAGCACAUCGAAGACGACAGCAUUAGUGUUACUCCGUCCACGUCCGCCCCUUCCCCAGCGCCGCGCUUUGCGGCCACGGCUGGCGCGCCGCCUCUGGCGCCACAGUCUCUGACAGACACCUCCCCACUUCUGUUGCGGACGCGCAUGCAGGAACCGGAGAUGCCUGCUGACCCGCGCACGCGGUUGCUUGACCUGGUCAUCACGAACACCACUGCCAGCAUUACACUCGCCGAGAUGGAACAGGAAAUGAACUGGAACGCGCAGUACGCCGCCACGUACGGGCCGCUCAAGGAGUACCUGCAGUCGUACCAAUCCAUCUUCGUCGUGUCCCCCGUGGACGACCGCGUGCGCCUGCGGCGACUCUUUUCCAUUCGCACAAACGCCCUCGCGCGGGAGGUCCGCCGGUCGACGUCGCACUCGUCAUCACUGUCCACACGCCAGCGAUACGGGCGCCGCGCCGGCCGAGAUGCGGCGCACCGAUCGCAGUCGGCAGGGGAUCGGCGAACCGGCAAGCCGUCCCUCCCCUCUGCAGAAGCGCUCGCGGCACACAUCGGCAGCAUCAGUUACUGCUGCAUCGCAGAGCGCCUAGACCUGGAUGCGCUGGAAACGGUCUAUCACCGCCGCGGCUACAAGACGGAGAUUGCGCACGCUGUGCUGCACGUGUCCAGUGAGAACUGCUUCGACCUCUUCCUCUUUUCGAACGGUGCCGUCGUGUGGUGGGGCAUGGACCGUAAAAACCACUGGAUGGUGGAGGACGACUUCUUGUCCGCCUCGAAUCAUCUGCUUGAGGGAGUCGUGCACCGCUACUCGCAAGCUGAAAUCGAUGCCCUCUUCCCUAUCUGGUGCUCGUAUGAGUUGGAUGAGCAGUGCGAGGUCGUUCAGACACCCUCCACAUUGGGGUUCCAGCCGUUGGCGGUCGAACCGGCGCUUGAUCGACUUGCCACGGUACUUUGCUUUGACCACUAUCUUGUGCCGGCCAGCGAUCCGGCGCGCAGUCUCGUUAUGCUCACCUUUUCCCACUCACUGGGCCGCUCUGCCGGGGUGGACUACUUCGAAUACGUGACGAAGUGGUCACACCGCCAUAUCCUGUCCACCCCAGCCGAGUUUACUGGCCUGCUCGACUACUACUCCACGAAGCGGCGCAUUGCCAGACUCGAGGGCGAGAUUGCCGUGGCGCAGCUCGCGAUUCAGUCGGCUCAUGACAUCCCGGAUGUCUUGUGGGAAGCGCCGUGGCUGCAAGGGUACUACGACCUGGCAGAGCAGCAGAACACGACGGAGUCGCGGCUGGCGUGGUUUGCCUCGCGCAGUGACACGCUUCUUGAGCAGCUCAGUCAUAUCAAAGGCCGGCGGUAUCGCCUCUUCAUGCUCGGAUCCGACGUCUUUCUUAUCGUUCUUCUGAUCCUGGAUGUGAUCUUCAUGACGUCCCGAUUGGUCGUUAAGAUGUACUUUUAG